UGUGGCGUCUUACGACUAUCUCACCUCUGUUGCUCAAUGUACGGAUGAAUACAAAAUUUAUAAAUGUUUAUCAACAUUUCUUUGCUCAUUACAAUGCAAUUACUAUGAUAGCAUUUGUUCCGUAUGAUAAAAGUCGAUUCCUCGCUUCCGCGAGUGUAGAUAAAUCGUAUAAAUUUUGGGACUUGGAAGAAACGAGUGCACCGCAAAGUUACAUAAAAAAAGGCAUAGUAUCGAAUGGUGCAUGGAUGAUGAAUUGGCCAUGUGCAAUUCUUAGUUUCGACGAUGCACUUGGAUAUCAUUAUACAUAUUCCAUGAUAGUACCGUUGAGAGAAUAUGGAUACAAAUAUUGCCCAAUUUUAGCAACCAACUCGCCAACUUACGGUCUCGCUGUUUCCGAUCACGCAAAUAGUAUUGCAUGGCUUUAGCUGGAGAAGUAAUGACUGUCUUUCCUCAUCAACUAUUGUAUACAGAAAAAAUAUUGCCUAAGAAAAGACAGUUGAACUCUUUCAUUGAGACGGUGGAUUUCUUAAACAGCAACAUAAAGAUAAUGAAAAUAAAAAUAAAGAUAAAAAGUAUUCCAAGGAAUAUCACUAUAUGCCAGAAACCUAUAACGAAUGCAAUAAUCGUUUUG